CGAUAGUCAUAUGUUAAGUGAUGCCAGACGCUACAGAAGUGUUGUUGCUUAUUUAGAAGAAAAUGUGCCAAUAAUAACCACUAUCAACAUGCAUCAGUCACCAAGAACUGAGCUUUGCCGGUAGAAGCUGAUGAAUGUGUUUACACGUGCCGAAAAAUUAAAAGAUCGCGGGAAGUUGGUACUUUGUUAACAGAAUGCAGUUCCAAAUCCCGAUGAGAUGGCGCUAAAAGCAGUUUACAUUGUGUGUUUACAAGUGGUGGCUGAAAAGUGAUGAAGCGAUUUAGUUUCCCCGGCUAAAAGUUGCAAUGUACUUAAUAUAUGCCGAAAUUUGACAGCAAAAAUGUCAUCCUCUCUCACUGCUGUGCCCGCGAACAGAUACGAAAGGUCAAUAGAUGAUCUUCCUGAUGAAGUUUUGGAAUAUAUUCUUAGUCUUGUUCCCCCAUACAAAGACUUAGAAGAAUGUUCCGUUGUUUGUAGACGAUGGCAUAAAGCUGUAAAAAAUGUUAUUCGCCAUACACAAAAGAAGUUUAAUCGGUCUGUGACGGAGUUCCUCAUAGAAUGUGAAGAAUUAACUCCUGAGGCGUACACACCAUCUAUUACCAAAAGAUAUUCACAUUCUGCAUGCUUUUGUGGCAAUUCAAUGUAUGUGUUUGGCGGAUGUACUUCCACAAGCACAACUUUUAAUGACUUAUGGCGACUUGAUCUUGACAAGCGGCAAUGGGUGAGGCCUCUAACUAUGGGGUCGUAUCCUUCACCUAAGGCAUGUGCUACAAUUGUUUGUUAUAAGGAUACCUUAAUCCUUUUUGGAGGCUGGACUCAUCCAUCUCCUUAUCCACUCCACCAGGGCUGGCGACUUUUCAAUGAGUUACACAUUUACUAUAUCAGCUGCAAUCGAUGGAGAGCCAUAAAUAGUACUACUGCACCACCUGCAAUGGCUGGUCACUCUGCUUCCGUCCUUGGUGAAACAAUGGUGGUUUUUGGUGGACUGCAAAAGACACAUUCAUUAGGACAAUACGUGAGUUCAAAUGAUGUUUGGUGCUUUGAUAUGGAUGACAUGCUGUGGAGCAAAAAGGCAACUACGGAACUAAAACCGCAUGUUCGAUAUGGACAGUCACAACUGACUUUGGAUGACAGCAGCAUUUUAAUUCUGGGUGGCUGUGGCGGUCCGAAUAUGGUUUUCAGUGAUGUCUGGCUGCUCACUGCCACUGAACCUGUGUGGACGUGGCUGGAGGUUCAAGUAGAAAAUCCUCAGUGGUCUGCCUCUCAUAUGUGGUGUCAUCCAGCCUGUAAGAUUGGCCAGCAAGUUGUGGUAUUCAGUAGAAAUCCUGUAUCUAAUGCGCCUGCACCCCCAUAUUCACCGCAGUGGAAUAGGCCUUCAGUCUGCCGUGUCAACACUGUACAGCCUAUUCGUAGAAUGGAGGAUGGAACAGAAGUGCCAAGAAACACCGAAAAUACAUCGGAUAAAGAAUUUAAUGUCAAUGGCCGAAGAGGAAGUCUGUCAACGAGACAUGCAAGUAACACACAACCAAAUGCAUCUACAAGCUCAAGCAGUGGUGAUGAAAGUGAUCCUGAAAGCCUUUGUCAACAAAGGCUAACUAGUGGUUCUCAGAGUGAUCUCAGUGCAAGUCAUUCCACUUCAAAGACAGUAAAAAAUUCUGAAGCAAAUAAUCAACAAAAAUUGAGAUUGGGGGCUUCCAAAAAGUAUGAGAAUCCUGAAAAUUUGUCAAUGGGGAUGCCAGUUUGCCGCGAGCCGGAAAAUUUAGAUUCUAAUAUGUGCCGAAGAAUUGGAAAUAUGGUAGCAUUUCGAGAUCAUGAUACAUCUAGAAGUAAUGUCAACACAAAUAGGCAAAGACAGUUAGAAUCAUUACGUCGAAUGGAAGAAAGACUACUUAGCUUGUCACGCAGAAGCAACAGUUCAUCCUCUGGUGCUGCGAAAGCUGAAGAGACAAGUAAAUCAACUGACACACCUGCAUUUGUAAGGAGAAGGCUUCCACCUUCAAAGUCAUCAAUGUCAAUGUAUGUUUUAGAUAUUUCAAAUGUCCUUUCACACUGUGUUGUGAGAUGGUUGCCUGUUAAGGAAAAUAGAGGGCCUGAAGAAAUGAUUUUGUAUACUUUAGUCGCAGGUAAAGGUGAACUCAUUAUGUUUGGUGGUAUUCAAAAAGAUGCAACUUCCAUUGCUGCUAGUGCCCAGCAGUCAUCUUACGGAUCAAAUACAGUCUCAAAUUCUCUCUACUUCAUUACAUCACCAAAAGGAAUCAUUUAAUUCUAUUCAAAAAUAAUAAGAGUACUCGGAAGACUGCAGGCACGAAACACUUAUAUCUGUGUUAUUUAUUUUUAUGUUAUGUUUUGUUCCUUUUUCUCUUUUUUGUACUCUCCUAUAAAAUACUGCUGAUGGAAGAAAUUCUUUUCACAGUUUGUAAAUAUUGAAAAUUAUGGCACAGAAAAAGUUAAAAUUAAAUAAAGAAAUGAGUGUAAACAUUUGAUGUUAAGUCUAUGGAUAUUUUCGGACAUAUAACAUGUGCAGCUGUACAACAAAUAAAGUACUGUCAUAAAAUAA